AGUAUCUUAAGAGAGUCAACUUACGAGUAUAAAUUUAAAGAAGUUAGACAUUUUUAAUAUUUGCAGUUUAACUAUUUUGAAAAAAUUAAAUUUUAAUUUUUUAAACAAAAAUAUAUUUUCUUCCACUAUAACGGUUGUCUUAAUGAAAACAAUGGCCUUUAAACCGUUGGAAAUACUUUUUAUUCCACUUUUCAUUCUUGCGAUUUGUAAUCAAAGGACGAUUGCACAAGCUACUCAACGGCCAGCGGUUAGAGCCUGUGCAGUAUUGGACAAUGAACUACAGCAUAAUAUGAUACCGUACACACCCGAAGGUAGUGCUGCUGCGCCCGGAGAAUUUCCCUACAUGGCACUUAUUGGUCAUCAAAAGGAAAAUGACACUGUCGUAUUCCUAUGUAGUGGAGCUUUAAUAGAUAAACGUUUUGUGAUAACUGCGGCUCACUGUAUAAAAAACGGUAAACCGUCAGUAGUGCGUCUAGGUGUUACAAACCUUGAUGAUCCGGCUCAAAGUAACGGCAUGGUGGAGCUGAAAAUCAAAGCCCUUCAUGUGCAUCCUAACUAUACAUUAACAUCUGCGUACAACGAUAUCGGUUUGGUGGAAUUGGAGAAUGACGUUAAUUAUUCCUCGUUAGUGUAUCCCGUUUGCUUAUUUACCGCUGCUGCAAUUCCUUUAAACAAUACUGAGUUGUAUUCGACGCGUUGGGGUGUCAAUGGUCAAAAUAUUGUUGGUGCAAUACAUAUGCGUAUACUUCCGAUCCCAUUGUGUCGAGAUGCUUACAGUAAAUUUGCAAACAGACUUUUUGCAGAUGGUAUUCGGACAACACAAUUGUGUGCACACAAAGUUAAUCAAUUGAGAGAUGAGUGUGCUGUUGCCACUGGACCUAUGGUUUUGGUUGAAGAUGUGGGCUUAAAUAAAUAUCGACUCGUCGGUAUAGAUUCCUUUGGUAUACGCUGUCGUUCCCAUGUGCCCGACGUGCUCACUAGAAUAUCUGAGUAUUUAGAUUUCAUCGAGAAUAUAGUCUGGCCGUCCAAAUAAAUAUAAAUGAACCUAUACAAUGUGUGCUUUGAUGAUUGAUAAAGAAAAUUAUUUUCUUCUACUUCACUCUAA